AUGAAUACAACCCCGUAUUGUGACACUGGCAAAGUGUUCGAGGCUGACACGAUAGUGGACGUAUGGAAAAGAGAAGAUAAAGAAUGGCUACAGAGGACCCAAAGUGAUCCAAGUGGAUACGUGUAUCCACCACUAAAGGAAUCACCAUAUAUCAAUGUGAAGGACGACGUCAGAAUGGAAAAGAAAGUGCUAUGUCAAGAUAUCUUUUGGUCAUGUGAUGGAGCCUCGUUUGUUUCUGUACAUAAUGAUUUUGGCAUCAGACAAUAUUUAGUGCCAGAGGAAGCUAAUACGGACAAGACAAAGAAAAGUCUGCUACUACCAUUCACUAGAUUUUUCAAAAAUCAAUCUAUUCUUUCAUGUGCAGUAGACCCGUUUUACUCGCUUUAUAGCGAGAAUUCCGGCGAGUUGGCUGGUGACAGAAUCGUGAUUGGAGGUAAAAACUUUCCUCUACAAUUGUAUUCUUUAAUGGACGGGCAGUGUAUCUUCAGCUAUGACACGAAAAACGAAAUGAAUGGAGAAUACGAGUCUGUGUACAGUGUGAGAAUCAAUGCCGAAUCGCGUAUAUAUACUGGCUCACACCGUAACAAAGUGGCCAUAUACGAUAUGAGUAGGCGAGAGGCUGUGUGGAUGCACCGGAGCACCAGAAAAGCAAGCAGGGGAAGGCAAAGCAUCAUAUCUUGCUUCGAAGAGCAACCAAUGGGGGGACAAACUUCCUCAAGAGGGCCUCUACUGUGUGGCAGCUACGCGAAUGAAAUGUUUCAAGUGGACUCCCGUCAUCAACGACUGGAGAUAGUAAACUACGCCCGCACAACUGCGGGCGGAAUUUUACAAAUUCUUGCAAGUGAUAACGGCCGUUACGUCUAUGUUGUCAGACGCAACAGUGACACCAUCAGUGUUUAUGACCGGCGAAACCUACAGCGCGAGCUAAACCUGUUACUUCUGCCGUUCCGAAUCCACCACAACUCUGCAAAGUUGCAUGCAUAUAUAGAUAUGACUUGCGGACUAAGUAUGGGGACGCCGCAGGGAAUGGUACUGAAUUGGGGUCGGGACCUUGUGGAAUUUGGAGGAGUUUCCUCACGCAGUAGUGUGGAAGAGCUGCCAACUGCGUCUAUCCAGGCAGAGUCAGUGUGGCACACUAGCCUUGAUUCUGGCAUUCCUGCCUCGGUAGUGAAAAAUUGUCCUGGGGAUCCUGAACUCUUGGCGUUAUCUCAUGGGGGCACGAUUUCAUUAUCCAGGCUUGGCGGCUAA